UGUUGGGGUACUGUGGUCUUGAUUUAAAGGGUUUUUUAGCGGGAACACUGGCGGGUUCGGGAGCUUGUGAAGAAAACGGGACGCCGGAUCGGAGACAGGUCGGUAAAACUGUUCGAUAACGGACUUCCGGCUGUGGCGGGUAUUCCCUACACCUUAUCGCUAGCGGUAAAUGUUUCACUUCAAGUUCAAUACAAGUCGGUCAGCUUUCUACUGUUUCCCAUUUUUUGGUUCUUUGAUUUAUUUCAACUAGCUUUAUGGUAGAAUGUUUCUUCUGACGGGAAAGGAAACGGAACGCUGCUCAGUUACCUAGUGUUGUUUCCCUUGAAAUCCACAAACCAUUACAUACAAACCCUUGAAAGAAUGAGCUUUCAGAAUAUCAAGCGUGUGCUAAUUGCCAACAGAGGUGAGAUCGCCUCGAGGAUCAUCAAAACGUGCAAAGAGUAUGGUCUCACAUCAAUUGCGAUAUACCCAAAGGAGGACAUUGAAUCUCUGCAUGUUUCACAGGCUGAUGUUGCAGUAUUGCUAUCUGGAAUUGGUGCAAAUGCGUAUGUUGACAUUGAGCAGAUUGUGCAAGUGGCCAUUGACAACGAGGCUGACGUGGUUAUUCCAGGGUAUGGGUUCUUGUCGGAAAACUCCAACUUUGCUGAAAAAUUAGCUGAAGCCGGUAUUGCCUUUGCUGGGCCUUCAGCUGAUUCUGUUGAGAAGUUUGGUUUAAAGCAUUUGGCAAGAGAGAUAGCAGUUAAUUCAGGAGUUCCAAUUGUACCAGGUACGGAGUUAAUCAAUGAUGUACAAGAGUUGGUUAGUGCUUGCAACGAUAUUGGCUACCCGGUUAUUCUCAAGGCCACUGCAGGUGGUGGUGGUAUGGGACUAAAGGUUUGUAAUUCUGCCAGCGAAGUGGAGACAAACUUUGCAGAAGUUCAGUCGAGAGGUGCUUCCCUUUUUUCUAACACUGGUGUGUUUGUUGAGAAGUAUAUCCAAAAUGGUCGUCAUAUCGAGGUCCAAAUUUUCGGUAAUGGUCUUGGCAACAUUGUUACAUUUGGUGAAAGAGAGUGUUCGAUCCAGCGUCGUCACCAGAAGGUUAUUGAAGAAACACCCAGCCCUUUUGUUGAGACGUUAGGAAAGCAGUACAACUUGAGAAAACACCUUACUGAGUGUUCAAAAAACCUAGCCUCUUCAAUCAACUACAAGUCUGCAGGGACUGUUGAGUUUCUUGUAGAUGACGAGACUGGAAAUUUUUAUUUCUUAGAAAUGAAUACCAGAUUACAAGUUGAACAUGGUAUCUCUGAGAUGGUCUACGGUAUGGACCUUGUCUAUUUUAUGCUUGCCCAGGCUGAUUGUGAGCUCUCGAACUCCGGUAUUGACGUUGCUCUUUUGAAGAAAAGCUUGAAGUAUGAUGAGCAAGGAGUUGAAAUCCCCAGUGGACAUGCAAUCGAAGUCCGUGUGUAUGCUGAAAAUCCAAUCAAAGACUUUGCUCCUUCUCCUGGUAUUCUCCACUAUGUUGAAUUUCCGGAUCAAGGUCCUUCAAGUAAAGGGAACUACAUUGUCAGAGUUGAUCACUGGAUUGAGACAGGAGGAAAGGUCUCACCCUAUUUUGAUCCUUUAUUAGCCAAGGUUAUGGUUUGGUCUCCUGAGAGAACUGCUGCCAACAUCAUUCAAGUUUUGAAAGAUACCAAAAUACAAGGCCCAAUAAACAAUGUUAAAUAUUGUAUAGCCAUCCUCGAAAGUGAAAGUUUCAGAAAAGGUUAUACAUUAACCAAUUUUUUGAGCUCUUUUCUAUUCGUUCCAAAUUUAAUCGAAUUUGAAGAGUCAGGAAACUACACCACCGUCCAAGAUUUACCUGGUCGUCCAGAAUUAAGACAUGGCAUUCCUAGAUCAGGUCCAACAGACGACUUAUCUCUGCAACUUGCUAACAUUAUUGUAAGCAACAAUGCUAACACUGAGGGUCUUGAAUUUACAGUAAGAGGUCCGGUUUUAAAAUUUCACUCAAAUGCAAUCAUUGCAUUUGGUGGUGCUAAAUUUAAUAUUAUGCUGAAUGAAAAGGUGGAGGUUCCAAUGUUUACGGAGCUUUUUGUUCCUAAAGGUUCAGUAAUUGAUGUUGGUGAAACUCAAGAUAAAUCGUCAAAAUGUUACAUGGCUGUAAGAGGUGGUUUAACCGGGGUUGCUGACUAUUUGGGUUCUAAAAGUUGUACGCCAGCUUUAAAUUUGGGUGGGCACCAAGGUCGUACUUUCUUGCCAGGUGACUGUCUAGAAAUUGAAAUAUGUGAUAUAGAUAUUGACGGUUUUAAAACAGGAUAUGAGCUACCUACUGGAUUGAUUCCAAAGUUUGAUAAUGAAGAAGUUGUUGUCCGUAUGAUCAGUGGCCCCCAUGAUACAACAGACAUUGCAUCUGAAAAAGGUUUGGAGACUGUUUAUUCCCACGCCUACAAAGUCAACUUCAAUUCUAACAGAGGAGCAAUAAGAUUAGAUGGUCCUGCAUUUGAUUUUAGCAGACAAGACGGUGGUGAUGGUGGUGGUCAUCCAAGUAAUACACUCGAAUAUCCUUAUCCUUGUUGUGGUUUGAGUACUGUUGGUUCUAUUUUGGUUUUGUCUGGUGUCGACGGUGCCACCCUCUCAGGUUUUACAUGUAUCUCUGUUCCAUGUGAAGUUGACUUCAGAAGAUUCGGACAAGCUUCUGUCAAUGGUACUAUCAAGUUCAAACUCAUAUCUUACGAUGAUGCUAUCAGAUUGUUGAAGCUGAGACUAAAAUUUUUAGAGAUUGCCUCAACACGUCCAACUAAAGUUAAUGAUGACCUUUUCAGCAAAUAUGACGAGCUUGAUUCUUACGAACCUAUAAAUUCCAAAUUAGGCAGCUUUUUAUAUCGGCGUGAAGAGACAGAGGAAUUGCCGCAAGUCACUUUUAGGCAAGGAGGUGAGCGUAUGAUUCUUAUUGAUUUUGGGAUCACAAAGUUCAGCCUGUUCAAUAACGGUCGUCAACAUGUGUUUUCCAUGGAAAUUGAGAAGCAGCUUAAGGGCCAGUUUAAUUCGAUUGAAUGCUCAUCUGGUGCCAUGUGUGUGACCUUCAAUCCUCUAAAAAUCGAAAAAGCAAAGUUGUUGAAGAAGCUAAUUGACAUUGAAGCCAACAUAUCGGCUAUUGAAAAGUUAAAAGUUCCUUCACAUGUUUUCAAACUACCUGUUUGCUUCAAUCAUAGUGCAUUGGAUCAUUGUAUCAAAAGAUACACACAUUCUCAAAGACCACAUGCCCCAUACUUGCCAAGCAAUGCUGAGUAUUUGAUGAGAGCAAACUGCAUUGAAACUUUUGAUGAGUUCAAAAGUUACAUCGUUGGAAAGCCAGAAGUUGUUGUUGCUGUUUCUUUUCUAUGUGCUAAUCCGUUGCUGGUGAACACAGAUCCAAGGUCAAGGUUUUUGACUUCGAAAUAUAACCCUGCUCGAACCUCGACCCCCCAAGGUGCCAUUGGCUCUGGUUCAGUCUCGCAAUCAAUAUAUUCCGUUGAAUCUCCUGGUGGGUAUAUGAUUUGGGGUAUGACACUUCCAAGUUGGUAUUGGGAUACUUUCUGCCGUAUCCAUAAGAAUCCAUGGCCUCUAGAGAACUUUGAUCAAGUUAUAUAUUAUGAAGUUGAGGAAGAAGAGUUGACAAAUUUGAAUACUCAAUUCCUAACCAAAAGGUUAACUUACAAAGCAGAAGAAACAGAAUUUGAUUUCUCGGAAUACUCUAAAUUCUUGAAAUCUAUUGAGAAGGAAACCGAGGAACUUCAAAACAGAAAGAGAGAGGCCUUUGAUGUUUUGGUAAAGGAAGAAGUUGAAGAUCAAAAACUUUGGGCUGAGGAAAAGGAAGCGGCAAAAGCAUCCAAAUCUGCUGCUGGAGAUUUGUUAAAUAAUUCAAAUGCUAUCAAACUGAUUUCUACCAUGCCUGCAAAUGUUUUCAAGUUCAACUUUGAAAAGGGUGAUACAGUUUCCCUAACUGAUGUGUACGUCAUAUUAGAGGCCAUGAAAAUGGAAAUACCACUCAAAGUUCUCGAUAAGAAGGCACCAGCUGAUAGUAUGUAUCGUGUUUUAGAGAAUAUUGUAGAAGAGGGGGACGUGGUCAAUCCAGGUGACACCAUUUCCAUUUUGUUGAGAAUUUAGUUUUUUUACAUAAAUUAUUAAUUCCAUGUUUAACUAUAAUUAUUAAAUAAUAAAUAGACAACUCGCUACUUGAAU